GAUGGAAAUUCCAGUGAUUUGAGUUGUUGCACACCCACUACAUGCUAGAUGCUUUCAACAUCAUCAUUUUGUGUCUUCCUCCCACAAACCCUGAAUGAAACAGCAUGAUUCUCCCUAAUGCAGGGAUCCUGAUCCUUAUGAGGAUAUGUAGGGAGAUUCAGUGACUUCCCCCACUGACCAGGUAGCUGCCCCAGGCUUUGUACCCAGGCCUUUUGUAUCCAAGUAAAAAGCUCUCAUCACUCACCCAAACAGGAAAUAGCUAGAGAGUCACUGAGUCACAGCCUAAAGUUGGGACACAUGUCUGAGAUGCAGACUUAUGCUUUUAUCCAUGGUGUAGGAAUUCAGAAUGAGGGCCAGACCCUUGCAUGCCAGAGUUAAGAUGGCUUAUGCUUCAUAGAGAAGACAAAACAUGAAUAUUUUAAUGCUUCUUUAAAAGAUGAAGGGGUUAUGGAAAUGUUUGCAAGGAGAAAACACCUUUUUAGUGGCGAAAUUUCCUUGGCCAGUUAACAGAACUGUUUCUUUCUUGGGUUAAAUGUAGUAGCUUCUAUUAUAUCCUGAAGCAUGUGGCUCUCCCAGUAGAGACAUGUGAGCACUGCCACGGGCCUGGAAUGUCCCAAGAGGGUAAGAAUAACCCACAAUGAGAGACGACUCCUGCUGUCUUCUGGUCACUGCAGUUGUCAAGAACGCUUUGCCUCAGAGGACAGCUCAGGGGUGUCUCAACUCAGAGAUGGAAAAAUCGCCCACUGCCCACCCCGUUCCUGGGCUCCAAGCUUUCCUUUUAUAUCUGCAGCUCUCACCUUUAAGUCUUUUGUAGGGAAGAUACAUUUAUUCCAGCAAAGAUUUUCCACUUUCUUGGAGAACACAGGCUUCCGAUGUCUCCAACAACCUUGAGUCUCUGACGCUAGGAGGCAUGGAACGUUUGGACCUGCUGGGAUUCCUUCUCAUCACCUUCAAUUGCAACAUGACCAUUGUGGGGAAGGUAUGGCUUAUCUUCAUGAUACUGCUGAGGAUGGUGGUGAUCAUCUUGGCAGGCUCCCCCGUAUACCAGGACGAGCAGGAGAGGUUUGUGUGUAACACCCUGCAGCCAGGAUGCGCCAAUGUUUGCUACGACAUCUUCUCCCCGGUGUCCCAGCUGCGGUUCUGGCUGAUCCAGAGUGUGUCCGUGCUCCUCCCUUCUGCCGUCUUCAGCGUCUACGUGCUGCACAGGGGGGCUGUGUUGGCCGCCCGCGGACUCUGCGGGCCGGACGGCGGCCCUGGGGGCCCUGACCCCGCUGACCUGAGCCCCGGGGACAGGGAGCGGCGCCUCCUGACCGUGCCAGACUUCUCCUCUGGCUACAUCGUCCACCUCUUUCUUCGGAUGCUGACCGAGGCAGCUUUUGGUGCCUCGCACUACCUCCUAUUUGGAUUCUUGGUCCCAAAGAGAUUCUCUUGCACGCACUCUCCCUGCACCAGCGUGGUGGACUGUUACAUCUCUAGGCCCACGGAGAAGUCCAUUAUGAUGCUUUUCAUGUGGGCGGUCAGCGCGCUGUCUCUGGUGCUCAGCGUGGCGGACCUCGUCUGCAGCGUGCACAGGAGGGCGAGCGCGCGCGGGUGCGCAGCCGCCCCUCUCCCCCGGCCACGGCCUGCGCGGAGCCUGGGCUCGAGGCCAGGUCAGGUGGCCGGCGGCGGCGGUGGGUGGGCAGAGGUGGGGGCGUCCGUCCACCCCGGCCCGUGGGCUGCAGGGGAGCGUGCAGACAGCCCCAGCCGCAAGUCCGCCGCAUCAGGGCGGACGGGACUUCCUGAUGAAGAGGACAGUGAGGUGAUGUCCUCAGCCAGCGACAAGCUGGCCGUGGCUUGCAAAGAGCCGGGGAGCAGGCCCCACAGAGAGGCCUCCGGGGACCCAAGGGACGAGGGUCCCACAAGGUCAGAGGAGCACCCCUUAGCGCCUCAGAGUCGGCUGGCCCGGCGCUGUCCGUCCGGUCAGCUGCAGCCCCCCGACCGGCCCGCCAACCCGAGAUCCAGAAAGUCCGAGUGGGUCUGAAGAGGGAACGCCAGGCAGCCGGGGGCGGGGGGGCGGAGGGGGUGCAUAGUCUAGUCCAAACGGAGACCUGGCCCACGAAGAUGCACAUCCUCUUCGGCCCAUGUGAAAUCCUCAUCACCCGGCGGAGAGAAAGGCGAGCCGGCAUGGGAUACAUGGACUUUGUGCGGGACUCAAAUCCUCAAGAUACAGAUUUCAUAUACAUAAUACUUUCUCUUGACCAAAGCACUUGACAUUGUGCUUUUGACAAUGUGACUGGAGGCUAAAAUGAUUAGAGAGUGUCAGGUGACUGAUUAAUGUGACACUCUUGUCCUUCACCAUAGUAUGUGCUUAAUGUACAGCACGUUGCCUUACAUUAAUAGAGCUCAUUCAUGUGAGUUAUUAUAGAAUUCUUUAUUUUGUUUUUGUUCUUCUAUUUGGAUAAAAGGGGCACUGUGACGCAUGUCUUUAAUGCUGAC